AUGCCUGUGAUUUCGCCACGAAGAUCAUCGACAUCGAACAGUGGCAGUCUAUACGGCACAUCGUCGCCCACAACUGGCAGUACAGGCUCAAGUACAGCCGGCGCAUAUAACAGUGCUUCGUCGUAUUUGAAUCGUGCAGGUAGCUUGUCGAAGAACACCACGCCUAGUAGCGCAUUGUGGUCGACGUCGUCGUCGUCAUCAUCGUCUGGAACAUCGAAAUACACACCCAGCUAUUAUAGCUCGUAUUUGGGCUCAAAUACAUCAUCUUAUUCACCACGAACAGCGUCGCAACGUAACUCCCUGUCGUCUUUGUACCUGAGCGGCGGCUCCUCUGGAUUGGGAACCUAUCGCAGUAGUUCAUCUUAUUUACCAAGCGGUAGCAAUGAUACAAUUACAUCCAGUCGAUAUGGAGUGAGUAGUAAAACAACAAACAAAAAAUACUUCUUAAAUGCUUAA